AUGGGAGCCGGACAAGCCAAAGGAGCUAGCAGAGGCUACCGAAUCGUUCGUAUUUGCCCCGAUGGCCCUGCUUCCAAAUGUGAAGUGGAGAUAUUCUUCGACUAUAUUGUCCAAAUUGAAGAAAUAAAGCUGGUAGAUGCAACGAGAAAAACGUAUGAUAUAUUCAUGCAGAAGGUAAAGGAAAAGGAAGAUAAGGUAUUACGUCUAGUAGUGUAUAAUUGCAGAUAUGAUAUAUUGAAAGAGGUACAUAUAAAGCCAAGGAAAUGGAAGGGAAAUGGACUUUUAGGUAUGAAUAUAAGUUAUGAAUUGAUAAAUGCAAUGAAUGAGGGUAUUCAAAUUUUAAAAAUAGAUGAUAAAUAUUCAGAAAUUAAAAGAAGAUUAAUAGAAAAAGAUGAUUUUAUUAUUGGACAUGAAGAUAACAUAUUGAGAAAUUACGAAGAAUUAAUGAAUUUCAUUGAAUAUAAUUUCUUCAUUCAGAAUAAUGAAAAGAAAAAAAAUAAACCACUUCAAUCCAUUUUUUAUGUAUACAAUGUGAAAAGUGAAAAUAUAAGAAAGGUAAAUAUACAACUAGAUGUAACAUGGGCAAGACAUGGAUUACUAGGUUGCCAUGUUUCAACUAGACAUACAGAUAAAAUCCCUCUUUCUCUUUCAAAAAAAAAAGAAGUAUUAAAUAGAAGUAGUGAAUGUGAGGAAUCUAUUUCCCUUCAAGAGGAAUGUCAAAAUAUAGAACCCAAUCUACCCAUGCAUAUCACCACCUUGCCAUUGAAAAAAGAUGUAAUAAACAAUGAGAAGACACAUUUCAGUGUAGAUACAACACAGUUAGCAUGUCAGAGGGAGAAAAGAAGUAGUACUACUACUACUACUGCUACUGCUACUACUGCUACUACUGCUACUACUGCUACUACUGCUACCUUUGAAAGGAAUGAAAUGAGUGAACGAAGUCCUGAAGUCGCUGAUUAUAGAAGACUGAACACUCACUAUUUUAGAGAGGGGAGUGUCAGAAGCAAUGUUGACCCGAUAGUUAGUGCACCUGAUCCAGUAGCUAGCCAUCCCUGUGAUAGUCAUGUUGACAAGGAAAUGUGGAAUAAUGAAAAGAGUUACAUUUUAAGUUCUACGAUAGAAGUAGAGGCAAGAAGGAAUUCAGAAGGUUCUCUUUCUAACUCGUCUGUCGAGUCUAAGAAGAAGCACAGUAAUCAAAAAUGGAACAUCACGAGAAUGUCACAAGAGUGGGAACCACCUCAAAAGCCCAUGCCAAAUGAAUCAUCCCCAAUUCACAUCUGUGAAAAUUCGAAUGGUUGGUGGUCCAGGUCAGGUGAAAAAUAUGCCGAAUACGUGAAAAACAUGAAAACUUAUAGCAAAGAAAUGAUAGAAAUAUACGAAUGCAUGAAUGAAAAUAAUAAAAUUUUGAAUGAGAUAAAAUUAAGAUGGAUGCAAAGCAUGUGUCCUUCGAAUGUUAAGUUAUCUACAGAAAAAUAUGACUACUCUGAUGGUCAGGAGAAUGUAGCUAUCGAGGGAAAAAACUUAUACUAG